UGACUUGUCCCACAUAGCAACGUUGAAUAUGGCGGACAUGUAAAGACGCCUGUUAGAAAGAAAAUAUACUUUUUCAUUGGGUAUACAUUUGUAAAAACUUAAAUAUAGCAAAAUGGCUUCUGCUAGUACAAGAGAGGCUAGAGAAAAGUACGAAUUAAAACAAAAAGCAGUCAAAUACUACGAUCAAAAUGGAGUACCCAAAAAGAUGGAAGAAAUAUUGAAUUCGAUGUUUUAUGACAAUCCAGACGACGUUUACGGACACUUGGCAAACUACUUCGCAGAACAUGCCAAGACACCCCUAAUUUCACAGAUUUCAGCAAGGCAUGGAUUUGAUAGCAAAGGACAGACUACAGUUCAAACUGAUAUGUACUGCACUGUUAGAAAUAAUAAAAAGCUUUCAGCAGCAGUAGUGAGUUCAUCAUCAAAUAGCUCAUUGCCCGAGAACACCAAGCCCGAGGAUAGGGAGGAAGAGGACAAAGCUCGAGAGGCUGGUGUAGAGGCAGCCAUUGCUCUCCUCAAUGGAGACAUCAACACUAGAUUACAAGGCGUAGAUCCAGCCCUUCAGUCAGAUGUGGACAAAAUACUAAUGAAACUGUACGAAGAGUUGAAAGCCGAAGAAGAUGAAAGACUAGCUAAAGAAGCAGCAGAGCAGGCCGCUUUAGGAGGAGAUGGGGCAACUCCAGUGAAAGAAGAGGAUGCCAGCGUGAGUGGCAAAAAAGGAGGAAAAUCCUCAGCCAAGAUUAAUCCGGGUACCAACAAGAAGAAAGGAAAGAGUGUUGCAGUUGUGGUGGUCCCUGAUGAACCAAAAGAAAAACUCCUCCCGGGGGCGGAGUCUAUUUGUGUGGCUAGUCGGGCGGCUAGUACUGCAGCGUCAGCUGUAAGGGAGGAACCUCUCUACCAACAUAUAGCCACCCUCAGGUUUGGGGAGAUUCCUAAAGAUAUGAGAGUGCCCAUUCCUAUGGUGACAAUUAUCCAAAGUGGACGAUCAGCUCCUGGAAAAUUAAACUGUGUCAAAGAAUUUAUGGUGGUUCCCAAACCUGGCAUGCCUAUUGCUGAUAGUCUGAAAUACUGUCAGAAAAUCUACAGCUAUGUGGCCAAAACCUUAGUAACCAAAAGUGGGAUGGCAGCACAGUAUGGAAAUGACAUUGGAGCUCUCUGCCCCUCCUACGACAAGCCUGAGCAAGGACUAGACAUCCUACAGGAUGCCAUCACCAGCCUAGAACUCACCCCUGGGGAAGAUUUUUUCAUCGCCCUCAAUCUGGCAGGAAAGGAAAUAUUUGACUAUGAUCCCUCUAGUGUACCUGCCAAAUCCGAUUUCCCUGGUCAGGGUAUGCACAAGGAGAAAGGUAAAUAUGAGGUCAUGGGAGGUCAACAGAAAGUUCCAGAGGAUCUGGUGGAAUUCUGGGUAGAGUUACUUGGUCGCUACCCAUCAGUCGUUGCCAUCAUUGACCCAAUGAGGAAACAGGAGAAGGAGCACUGGAUGAGACUGUGUGACAGAGUUAGUGACAAGUGCUACGUGAUAGGGAACCACACGUAUCCCCGGCCCGGUCUACUGCUGGAGGAGGAACUCACCGAGGAGUUCAAGACCAGCGGCACUGUCCUCAAACUGGACCAGAUAAAUACCAUUACUGACAUCCUUGAGUCUGCCAAAAAGAUGGAAGAUGCAGAGAAUCAGAUUGUGUUGACAACAUGUUAUGGAGAAACAACAGAUACAUUCCUGGCAGAUAUGGCUGUUGGGAUGAAUGCAAGGUUCUUAAAAAUUGGAGCCCCAGUAAGAGGAGAGAGAAUAGCCUUGUUCAAUAGACUUAUACAAAUAGAAAACCAACUGAAAUUAGAAGGGAGACUAGCCUUCCAUGGGGAAAAUGUGUUCCCCCAUAUUGUACCCCCACCCCUCCCUGAGCCAGAAGAGGGGGAGGAAGCACAGGAAGAAGAAAAGAAAGAGGAAAAAGGCAAAAAGAAAUAAGCAGCCAAUUAUCACUUGUGUAGAAAAAAAAGUGAUUUAUGGUGUUGUCAAAAAACUAAAACAAGAUUUGGGGAUGCAAAGAGACCUGUCAUAGCCUGAUGAACAAAUGUUUCUGUGAUAUUCAUUAUUUUAUGACAUUGUAAUAACUGUACUUUGUUGUUUAUUAAAUUAUGAACAUAUUGA